AUGGUUGAACUAUGUCUAAAUAACAGCUACUUCAUGUUUAGAGACAAGUACUAUCAACAGACUUUUGGGACUGCCAUGGGAAGUCCACUGUCACCUAUUCUAGCCGACUACGUUAUGGAGGACCUGCUAGAUACGGUGAUCACAAAACUGAACUUCACAAUUCCGGUGUUGAAGAAAUACUUCACGAUGGAAAUCGAAAAAGACGGAAAACUUCCGUUCCUCGACACACUAAUCAUCCGCAAAGAAGAUCACACCCUCCGAACUGUUUGGUAUUCGAAACCAAUAUCAUCUGGACGCUUGCUCAACUACAACUCCUUCCAUCCGACCAACAUGAAAUUGAAUGUUGCUUCCAAUUUCAUCAAACGAGUAAUGCAACUAACAACCGAUACACCUAUAGAACAACAGAAGCAUGUGAUUUUCCAAAACCUACGACGCAACGACUACCCAUCCGCACUAAUCAACAGACUGAUGAACAGAAUCAAAACAGAACUCAUCACAGGACAACAACAUCAUGGUCACCACCCACUGCCAACAUCAUCACCACCACUGCCAGCGCCAACACCAACUGAACCUCAAGACCAACCGCCACCACUGCAAGUACCACCACCAGCCACAGCACCGUCAUCGACAAUCCAAACAACAACACCGCCGAUCCACCCGAUCCGUGAAUCUCCAGCACAGAAUGCACCUCAACAUUAA